AUGCGAGCCUCAUUUCGCACUGUCGUCCUUGUGACGGUAGUCGGUCUGCCAUUCUUUGCUACAGGCGUGACAGCUUCCGCCAGUGCCAAUGACCUCAAGCAGCGGGACAAGGUCGAGUCCUACGCCGCUGCCCUCAAAGUUGAACAUCACGCGAGGAGCCCUCAAGAUCCCAAUGCAUUCACCAGCUACGACUAUGGAUACACCUACCCGCCGCCUCCCUCUCCCACCUCUUACGGUGACCAGCCGCCGUCGACCGUGAUAUCCUCUGCGAAUAGUGACUAUGCAUCUUCAACUGAAGUCGGCUCGGUCGCCAGCGACUCCAGCACAUAUGGCGUCUCUGACUCUGUUACUCUGAGCUUGACUACUUCUGCUGGAGUUACCGCCACUCUAUCCAAUGCCGUCACUUACUCCCCUAGUUCUGAUGGGACUUCACGUACUGUAUCUUCAAAGCCCGACCGGAAACUGGACGUCCCACCCCGUCAUUACCGUGAUUCUGCCUACUUCAACUGUCGUCAUCUCAGGAACAGGCUCCGUCAUCCGAACGAGCAUUGCUGUCACUGCCGCGCCAUGGUACCCGGCUAA